GCUUAUUGUUACCAGGAAGUGCCGGACGCCAGAGCGCCUUAUCAACUCUUUUUAACCUUAAACAGCGGCUUUCUGUGGUCACCAUCAGCCGUGGCGCUGCCCCCGCCAGCCUAGCGCCGCCCACAGCCUCGUCUACCGCCGACUCGUUGAGAUGUAACGGCGGGCGGCGUGUAUCCAGCCAGCGUCUGACGUUAGGCGGGUUGAGCGAAAUGACGAACGCAGUGCUGCAAAUGGGGACGGGUGUUUUUGUCAUCGUGAUCGUUUGGAUGGCUUCUCUCGUGGCAUCGAUGGUUCUGCUGAGAGCUGCUGGCUCCACAAAGUUAGGAGUCAUCCCCAUUGUCCUCCUGGCUCUGACCAUCACUUUGGUUCUUGUGUUCUUCCCUCGGAGCCCAGAGAGCCCUCCUCCUUUCACAGAGAUGGAGAUAGUAGACACUUUGUUCAUCGGCCGCUACGUGCUUCUGGCUGUGGCGAGUGCCGUUUUUCUGCUGGCGUUCUUCUUGCUGCUGCCCCUUCAUUUCCUGGAACCAGUGCAUGCUAAGGCUCUAAGAACACACUAGGAUUCCAGCAUCACUGGAGGCACCAGGAUCAAAUGCUCCAAUACACAGAAGCUGGGGAAAACAGGGUGGAUGGGUGGAAAAAGAAGCCCCCCCCUCCCCUCCAAAAAAAAAGAAAAAAAAAACAGACUCAAGACUGCGCUGAACAAGGAGGAGGAGGAGAGCCAGCAGCUUCUUCAUCAACUACUUUCUGUGGGAUGUUUACUCACAUACUACAGGUCUUUAUGUCCAUUUAGCAAAAAGUUGUUUUUGGUCAUCCAUCAUCAACAUGCUGCUGUAAUAUUGAGUUUAUGAUUCUGAUUUAUCUCCUUUUAAAUGAUUGGUUUGGUACUGGCAAUGCGUGAGUGGUCUUUUUUUCUUCUAACAGGAUGUGAGGUGCUUUUUACAGCUCUCUGAACUGGUUGAUUAUAUUCUCAGCUCUAAUUAACUGAGAGAUGCUCAGUGUGUAUUUAGAAUUGUCUUUCCUUACAAUAAAAUGUGAACUCUUCACUAGC